AUUGUGCCAAGGAAGUCUUCAUUUCAACGGAAAAUUUAGUGCCUAUUUUCAUUUUGGGAUUUUUAUACCUAAACGUUGGAGACAUGUUCGAAAUCAGAAUACUGGGGAAAAAACAUUAAUGUGAAAAAAAUGUCUAGCGAGGAAAGCUGGGUUUUCUAUUACAAGAAACAACAGACCAUUCCGAACAUAGAUCGUAUGCCCAUACAUCAUCUGAGUUGCCCACGAGAGAGGAAGCGGGUAAUUCGUGUCUCAAAUAAAAAUAAGGAGUUAAAAGACGACAAACCGGAAAACGACAGACGAUUUUCGUCCUUCCAGAGGAAUCGUUUGGAUUCCGACCAGUUGGACCUAGAGCUCCGGUUGUCGGAAACAGAUAGCGAUAUAGAAGAUGGACAGGAGGACGACAACAAAAUCAGUCAACAGGUCUACGUUAAUGCUUGUAAACAUCUUCACGUCACCCCUGGUAAAAAGAUAUUACGUAGUUUAGGCUCCACUCAAGUGUCAGCAAAGGAGCGGAUCGUGAACCAGAAAGAGGUGGAUUCCAUUGCAUACGCCCUUACUACAAACAACUCUGUCACGUCUUUAGAUUUAUCCGGAAACAACAUUGGUCAUGAAGGUCUCCUCAAUGUCUUGCGCAUGCUCGACGAAAAUAACAGCAUCACAUUCCUAAACAUCUCUAACAACAAUUUAGGCUCUAAAGCGGCGUCAUUGCUCGGAGACCUGAUAUCCAGCAACAAGAAAAUUUUAACACUGGAAGCGGCAGGAAAUCAAUUUAACGACAAUGAUGCCGAGAUCAUAGCGGACGGAAUACGGUCGACAAACACGCUGAGGUCACUGAAUCUUAGUCAGAACGCCUUCCAGGAGAGGGGAGGGAAACAGAUGGCCGCAGCUAUUGAGGAAAAUGUAUCGCUGAGAGAGCUCAACUUAAACUGGAACCACUUAAGGCUGGAAGGCGCGGUAGCUAUAGGGGAAGCAUUAACAACGAAUUGUACUCUUCACGCCCUGUACAUAGCAUGGAAUGGGUUCUCCAACGACGGCUGUCGAGAGAUAGGAACGGCAUUACAAACCAACAAUACUCUGGAACUGAUAGAUCUUAGCAACAAUAGGAUUGGCUUAGAGGGAGCGAAAUGGCUCGCCAAGGGGCUCAUUGUUAACACAAGACUUAGACAUCUAAUGUUGAACCUGAACUCCCUCACCACUCUCGGAGCCACGACAAUACUACUGGCUAUAUCCGACAACCCAAACAGUGCAAUAGACACCCUGGAACUGAAGGAAAUCCCCGUGUUAGAAGAAGCGAUCAACAUCAUUGAAGAACUGAAGUCUUCUCGGAAACGUUUUGUAGUGGUGCAUGAUGUCAAAGUACUUUCGGAAGACUUCCUCAGUCUCGUCGGCUCCUCUAAUAAAGCAAGGAAACCCAAGUCACCCAAAAAAUCGUCCAAACCUAAGAAGAAAACGUGACUUUUAGUGAAGCGUGACCAGUAUGAGAGUCCCGUAUGUAGUUACUGAUUCCCUGAAUCGUGGUAAUUAAAUGGACACUGAUGGAAUAACGUGUGUAACAAUAAAUGAGGUUAUUUGGGAUAACUAGUCCACGUGACAUCUGCAUGAUAAACAUAAGCCUACGUAUGUUCUGACAUUUCUUUUCUUUGAUAAAUGUGUUCAUCAUAAUAAACUGGAAAUUACUGAAAGAUCAAA